CGUUCAAUACCGGGAGGCUUUGUGAGGAGCACUAUGCAUUAUCAAGGUACCCAGCCAGGACUCAGUUCAAGAGGCGGAGGCAGACUUCGCGGUCUUCGAGGUGCAAGGCGUUAUAUCCCAUACUCAGGUCGUCACAUCCGACCCCGUGGUACGAAAUUAUCUUCAUAUCACACCACGGAGGAGUGUAAUCAAUCCUCCUCAGAUGAUUCGACACAGCCCCCAAGUCCCCCACCAUGCGUUGUGCCAAGUCACGCGCCAGAACCUAUUCAAGAACCCCCACCAAAUACAGUGGAACAAUCACCUACACGAGAACAAACUGCUGCAGAUGCCCUAAUGGAGACCGAAGGAAUGACUCAACAGAGCUCAAGAACUCGUGGGCCAUCUAGAUGCAUUUUCUUUGACAAGCUAAGGAAGAAUGAGAAAGUGCAGUUGAAGAUAAAUGAUGGUGAGACAGCCCCAUGUUGUGAACACGCUUCUAUGUUCACAACACGAGUAUCGUGGAUUGUUAAACAAUACUGUGACAUGAGUUACAAGCGUUGGUCGGAUGUCCCACCAGCGAUUAAAGAGGAGCUCAUCGACCGUGUUCGGAGUGACUUUGUGUUGGACUGGGAUCGCGAAAACCACCGAUUGACGGUGACAAAGGCCUUACGUAAGCGCUUCAACUCCUUCCACCACGACUUGCACAAGAUUUAUGAAUCCUAUGGAAGCCACGUAGAAGCGUUGGCUAAUGGAACUAGUCUAGUGGACCCCAUUGUAUGGAUGAAGUUGUGUGAAAGGUGGGGCAGCGAUGCCUUCAAGAAAAUUUCAACUCAAAAUCGGGAGAACCGAAACAAGCAGGCCAUUAACCACACAUCAGGACGUAAAUCAUUCGUCCGAUUACUUGAGCAAAAGGUAUGUCUAAGGGAAAACAAUCUUUUCAUUUCAAUAGAAUAGUGAAAAUGCACUUUACUUGGAGAUUUUAGUGACAAUAUUACAUUACUAUCACUAAAGGUGGUUACUCAUAGCUUUUGUUGUUCAAAUGUCACAUGGUUCAUCCACAGAAUAACGUUUUCUUAUAUUAAAUGAGUAUUCUUAUACUCAUUU